UUCUUUUCCCGAAAUUUUUUUGCCAAUUUCAGUCUUGUUGCUUGAAGUGGCAGAACAGGAGAAUAUGCCACAAGUAUUAACAGACAGACUAAAAGAUGUUGCUGAACUGAUUAAGACAAAAGCAGAUAAACAUCACAUUCUGCGGCAACCACUUCAGAUGCGGAAGCAAAAGCCAGUGGCUAUCAAAAUGCUCAAUCCGAAAUUUGAGGAGAACUUUGUUAAGGGCAGAGACUAUGAUCCAGAUCGGGAACAAGCCGAGAGAAGAAAGAUGAAGAAACUUUUGAAGCAAGAAGCUAAAGGGGCUAUUCGUGAACUGCGUAAGGAUAAUUCUUUCCUGUACGAGGUGAAGGCGAGGGAUAAGGCGCUGAUGGAAGAAGAAAAAGCUGAGAAAUAUGGAAAGGUACGACUUUUCCUACAAGAACAAGAACACGCUAUGAAGUCUGGGCAAUUAGGCAAAGGCAAAGGCAAGAAGAGAAGGCGAUGAGUUUGGUUGUUUUGGUUGCGUAGUACCUUCUCAUGACUUUUGCCUUCAAGGUCAAGGUAUGGCGGCCUUGCAUCGCGGACGUUAAGGGAGACAGAUGAAGGCGGUUUCUAUGGUGCAAAUUUUGUGCAACGUUUAGGUUAUUAUAAAUGUAUUCAUAGUAAAAAUUUUGUAUCCAAUUUUGGUUGGAACUAUAUCGGUUGCUCGAUGUUUAGAAAUUCAUCCAGAAUUUUG